UAAGAUUUUCGUUUAUUAGCCUUUAUUGUUGCUAUGGUUUGUUGCAAGAAAUAUGAGCGACAAUGAGAACCCUCCUCCCCCCACGCCGACUGAUCGAGAGGUGUUGGCACGUUUGAGGAGGUCCGUCAUUGGUAGAUGGAGACCCUCUUCUCGCCAGGGAUCGAGCACAGCCACUACAUCCACAGGCACUCCUUCUAUUACCUCGAGUCCAUUCACUGACACGCAGGUGUCCCCCUCCACCCCACGUACUACGCCAUCUGGCCCUUGUACGUCAGCAUCUAGGGUCGGGGAGAGUACUGAGGACCAGGAGGACGAAGGUGGCGAUGGACACAGUGGCAGGACUCGUGAUGCUGAGGACCAUGAUGACGAGGUCCACGAUGAUGAGGACCAGGAGGGUGGAUAUAACGAGGGUCCCGGUCAUCAGGGUCAGUUCGUGUAUGUUAAUUCGGAUGACGAGGUUACAAUCACUACUGCUGGUGCUGGGCUCAUCACACCGGCAUUCUACGAGAGGACGGACACAGCUGGCAUGUCGUGGCGCAAAGUCUCAGAGACGACGAAGGAGUUCUACUAUCGAGAGUUCAAGAAAAAUGCUCGAGUGGAUCCAUCAAUCGAUUAGGGCAGGCUCAGGAAAGCUUU